AUGCCUUUGGACGACGGCGACUUCUGUCGCGUUUGCCGUUGUGAGGGUACGCCUUCGCAGCCCCUUUUUUAUCCUUGCAUGUGCACUGGGAGCAUAAAAUAUGUUCAUCAAGACUGCAAGCGUCAGACUUGUGAGCUCUGCAACCAUCGUUUCACUUUCAAACCCGUCUACGCUCCACAUACGCCCUCAGUGGUGCCUCUGCCGGUUCUCUUCCUCGGUCUACUCACCGCCUUCCGCAAUAUCAUUGUUCGGUUUUUUCAUCUUCUCGCUGUUGUAAUCUCAUGGCUGUUCGUGGUGCCUCUUACGGUGUGUCGAAUCUACCGAUGUUUUUUCUCGGGCAAUCUCGUCGGACUGCUGUCACUUCCCUUGGAUAUACUCUCCACUGAGCACGUUAUUCAAGACUGCAUACAGGGCUUCUUGAUAGUCUUGGUCGCCUUGACUGCUCUCUUUGGCUGCGUGUGGCUAAGGGAGCAGUUAAUGAUUGGUGGAGAGCCCGAUUGGCUUGCCGAUGGAGAGGGUGCUGCCGAGGAGGCUAGGGAAGGGGUGGAUGCCGAUGGUGGGGGAGAGGCAGCAGCUCCUAACCAAGUCAUCGUGGCCGGUCCCGUCGCUGCUGCUGCCCCUGCUAACAACGCUGACAAUCAAGCCAUCCCUGACGAUGAGGAGGAGGGAGAAAUUCAAGAACUUGCACUUCCGCAGCAACAACCGCCGCAGCAGGAACAGCCUGCAGUAGCUGACGGAGCGGUACCGCCCGGUGGCAACAACGAGGCCGAUUUUGACGCCGCUGCCGCAGUGCCACCGCUAACACUAGAGCGCAUCUUCGGACUGGAUGGAACCAUGACCUUCCUGGAGCACGUCCUUUGGAUCAUUGUCCUCAACAUCCUCUUUAUUCUCUUCUUCGCCUCUUUCCCAUUCUUCACUGGACGUACCGUGGUCUCUGCACUGGGCAUCAAAACAUCGGCAAGUGGUUUUCUUCUCACUCCCCCGAUUGAGUUGAUUUUGUUCUCCUUCAUCGGCUACAUCGUUAUGGCCACACUUCUCAUUAUUUCUCACUAUGUUUUCAAAGCGAUCUGCUUACCAAGGUCGGCUUCUUAUUAUGCCGGUCUGUGUUACAUCUACAUAAAGGUGCCCAUCAUAGCUUUUGCGGAGUUGGGCAUUUUUACGGCCUUCUGUGGACUUUGGAUCGAUGCUUGCUCCUUGGCAAUGGCGCAACGCUUGCGCGCCUUCAAUUACGCGCCCGUGGUAUUCAGCUUCAUUCACUGGACGAUGGGUUUGAUGUACCUAUUCUACGUCUCCUCACUCUUUAUCAUCAUUCGUGAUGUUAUCCGACCUGGAGUUCUCUGGUUUCUACCCGACUUCACCGAUCCUGACUACAGACCUGUUCAAGAUAUGAUCUCACUACCCGUAACGACUUACAUCCAGCGUCUUGUUGUGAAUCUGUCGUUGACAGGAAUAAUCGUGAUACUCUCCAUCUGGCUUCCCACCUUAAUCACGCAAAAGCUGCUUCCAGGAUUUCUGCCAUUCCAGAUGAGUCUCGCCUAUGACAGUCCAGUGGACUACUCGGUGGAGAUAAUAAUUCUACAAAUAGUAAUGCCCUUCCUGCUGGAUGGUCAAUUCAAGGUAUUUCUCUCUGCGCUCCUACGCAAUUGGUGUGCCGGGGCCGCAUGGAUGCUGGGACUGCGCAGCUACCUCCUUGGCGAUGUCGCUUUUAAACCAAGUGACGAAAUAGUGAUGGCGGACGGUCGUCGAAUUCCCGCAUCAGCGUUGUCGAGGUCACCUUCAGGGAGCACAGACGGGAGUGAUUCUACAAGUCAAGAGGGCGGUAACGGUGGCGACGGCAGCGAGGGUGAGAACGCAGCCGCUCCGCCACCACCAACUGGUGGAUACGCACCAUACGCACGCCCGCGCUUUUUUGUGGUGCGCCUUUUCGGCCUACUGGUGCUGCUUGUCACCUCCCUCGUCCUUAUCAGCCUCGCUGUCCUCGUGGUACCCGUCGCCCUUGGCCGACUUAUGCUGGGACACAUGGGCCUCAGCCAGACACCACAUCAUGAUGCCCUCACCCUUCUUGUCGGCGUCUGCUCUCUCAUGGGGUGGGCCAAGACCGUCCUCUGUCUCCCAAUAGCACUGCAGACCCUAUGCAACGUGUGGUAUAUCCUCGUGGACAAAGCAGCUCAUUUGACCACAUGGGAGGGCUGGCGUUGGCUCUCGGAUUGGACCUUGGGGAUAGGUGAGUGGCUGCGAGGCAACUCGUUCGCACCAGCUUGGGCGCGACGUGAGGCGCUGGCUAUAGUACUGCCGCCGCUCGCCAACGCACCGGCCAACGGUGAGGACGCCGAUGCUGCCGCGCUCCACCGUAAGCAGGUACUACGCGAACUCCUUCUCACCCUCUCCGUGCCUCUUCGAUUGGCCCUCCUCUCCACUUUGUUACUGGUGAUCCUACCCGCUUCUCUCGGCCUUCUCAUCAACCUCGUUGUCUUUAUCCCCGCCUGGAUCGGACCCGAGAAGACCCUAGCUAUCGGGUUUUCAGAGAGUUGGAUUUUCGGGGUGAUGCACAUGAAGGUUUGGAUGCUGAUUCUGCUGGUGGGGCCGCGUUGGCAGGUGCGGGAUCGGUUGGAGGAGAUUCACGAUGAAAUUCUCCACAACUGGCCUGCGAUUCGUGUUUUCCGCAUCAUCCGACUCUCACUGCCUCUCUUUGCGAUUAUCGGACUCUCACUUUCUUUCCCCUUCCUCCUCGCUUACUAUCUUGCUCCUCAUCUCAAUGUCCGACCGGAGGUUGCGUUCCGUUAUGUCUAUCCCCUGCUCUUUGGAUUGGUUCUGCUCGGUGUUUUGGUCUACUGGCAGAUGCGACAGUGUAUCAAACUCUACGAACAAAUCAAGGAUGCUGAGUAUCUCAUUGGACGUAGACUCGUGAAUUACGGUGAUGCGGACAGUGCUGGGAAAUGGGCACCGAGCACUUCGGCCGAAAUGGGAACUCAGACGGACAAUGGCCUGGGCAAUGAAAUCAUGGCCGUGGCCACGUGA